GGCAUUUACGCCAUGAGUUGCUAAACGCUGGAAACGACAGACUUUGUGACAUUAAUGUUUCACUUGAAUGUGAGACAUUUGCUGCUUCAGCGACGGAUCAUUUCACUCAGAGAUUGAGCUUUUAAUCUAGAGAUGGGGUGGACUUCCUGCAUCAUCUUGUUUCUCUAUCUGUCAGUGUGCAGAUGCUGGCCUGUGACCGACCCAGAGCCUGUGAUGUACGGGGCGGUCCAGUCCCCCCAGUAUCCCCAGCCUUACCCUCCCAACCUGCAGGAGCAGUGGGACCUCAGUGUGCCCGAGGGCUACCAGAUCCAACUCACCUUCACACACCUGGACAUUGAAGCUACUGCAGGCUGCUAUUACGACUCCCUCACAGUGCUCUAUGAUACAAAGGUUUUGGGGAAGUUUUGUGGCCACGAGAACUCGGCUGAUGGACAUCACCCAGGCACCCAGCCCAUCUUGUCUCCAGGCAACAGAAUGACCCUCAUAUUCCAGUCAGACGGCAACAACCCUGAGCGCCACCAGAACGUCGGCUUCUCCGCUCAGUACCAGGCCAUAGACAUGGAUGAGUGCUCUGCUCCAGAACCUGAAGACGGCUCAGGUCCGCUCUGCUCGCAGAUCUGCCUCAACACCCUCGGUUCAUACAUCUGCUCGUGUCACCACGGCUAUGAGCUCCGCCCCGACCAGCGCACCUGUGUGUUAUCCUGCGGUGGCGGCAUAUUCGAUCAGCCAGAGGGACAUCUCUUCAGUCCAGGAUACCCUAACCCCCCAGAUCACGCUGUGUCCUGUCAGUACAUUAUUUCGAUGGAACUUGGCUUCACUGUCACUCUGAACUUCACCGACAACUUCCACAUAGAGAGCGUGGACACUGAGCAAGGCCCAAACUGUGUCCAUCACUGGCUGCAGGUGACCAUCCCCAACAGAGAGCCCAUGAAGCUGUGUGGUGGAAAGAGUCCAGGUCUGAUAGAUACAAACUCCAACACUGUCACACUGGAGUACCACACUGAUGAUGAGGGACUGAGUCGUGGCUGGAGCCUGGACUACAGUACAAACAGAGUGAAGUGUCCAAUUCCUGGAAGCGUGGAUAAAGGCAGAGUCACUCCUCUCUUGCCUGAAUAUUUAUACAGAGACUACAUAUUUGUGCGCUGUGACCAGGGAUACAAGCUGAUGAUGGACGGUGAGGAGGUCCAGGGUUUCUCUACCAUGUGCCAAAACAAUGGACAGUGGCACCUCCCUCUGCCAGAGUGUCACAUAAUUGAUUGUGGAGAACCUGAACCUUUGCUGAACGGAGGGGUGACCUUCCUGUCUGGCUCUCAGAACCAGCACCUCUCUGUUAUUGAGUAUCACUGUAAUGGACCCUUUUACUCUCUAUUAGGGGACAUAACAGUUGGCUUCACCUGUGAGGCCGACAGAAAGUGGAGGUCCAACAGCAAAACUGUUGUCAAACCAAUAUGCAUACCAGUCUGUGGCCAGCCCACAAAACUCAUCUCUGCCUAUCAGAGGAUCAUUGGAGGCAGCGAUGCUCCAGAGGACACCAUCCCCUGGCAGGUGCUCCUGACUGGAGGUGGAAGAGGAGGAGGCAUGGUGAUUGGAGACCGCUGGAUUUUGACAGCAGCUCAUGUUGUUACGUCUGAAGGAAAUCAAUCAUCACCUGAAUCUGUCAAGGUUUCCUUUGGAGGAACUAAUGUUGGAACCAUUUUGGAAUCUCCUGUAUCUCCUGCUGCUUCAAUCCACGUUCACCCUGAGUACAACAACCCCGACCUCAGACACUACAACCAUGACAUCGCCUUGAUCAAACUGCAAGAUCCAAUCACAUUCAGCUCCUCCGUUAUGCCAAUAUGUUUACCAGCAGAGGAUGCCACAUACCACAAUGGCGAGAUGGGACUGGUGUCAGGCUUUGGUGUUACAGAGACUGAAGGCCGACAGAUUUUAACAAAUACGCUGAAGUACUUGCAACUCCCUGUGGUGGAUCAAGAGACGUGCAGUCAAUCAAUCACUUCUUUGGAAAAGUCAACAGUACCAGAUCUGACAAACAACAUGUUCUGUGCUGGAGUCCCUGAAGGUGGGAAGGACUCCUGUCAGGGUGACAGUGGCGGCCCGUUCGCCCUGAGGAGCGGCGGACGGUUCUGGGCUGCUGGGAUUGUCAGCUGGGGGGUCGAAUGUGGAAAGAAGGGAAGAUAUGGCGUCUAUACCAGAGUCACUAACUACCUGAACUGGAUCAACAAGACCAUGCAGGAGAAUUGAAAUUUGAUAAAACUAUAAUAAAAACAAAUUAACAACAGAACUAAUAUGCUCUAAAUAUACUCUUAUUAAAGCAUUUGUUGUCACGAAACAAUGAUGUUAUGGCAGUCUUCCAGUUGACAAUAAAAUGAUCAAGUGCAAAUUUCA